AUGGCCCAGGCCCUGGGGGAGGACCUGGUGCAAACUUUAGAGCUGCAGGACGACUCCAGCUCUUUGGGGUCCGACUCAGAGCUGAGUGGGCCCGGCCCAUAUCGCCAGGCUGACCGCUAUGGCUUCAUUGGGGGCAGCUCAGCAGAGCCAGGGCCAGGUCACCCUCCUGCAGACCUUAUCCGCCAGCGGGAGAUGAAGUGGGUAGAGAUGACCUCGCACUGGGAGAAAACCAUGUCUCGGCGGUACAAGAAGGUAAAGAUGCAGUGCCGGAAAGGCAUCCCCUCGGCCCUGAGGGCCCGCUGCUGGCCUCUGCUGUGUGGGGCCCACGUGUGUCAGAUGAACAGCCCGACCACCUAUCAGGAACUGGCCAAGGCCCCCGGAGACCCACAGUGGAUGGAGACCAUCAGCAGGGACCUGCACCGCCAGUUCCCUCUACACGAGAUGUUUGUGUCACCUCAGGGUCAUGGGCAGCAGGGGCUCCUGCAGGUACUCAAGGCCUACACGCUGCAUCGGCCGGAGCAGGGCUACUGUCAGGCCCAAGGCCCUGUGGCAGCCGUGCUACUCAUGCAUCUGCCCCCGGAGGAGGCCUUCUGGUGCCUGGUACAGAUCUGCGAGGUCUACCUCCCUGGCUACUACGGGCCCCACAUGGAGGCUGUGCAGCUGGACGCCGAGGUAUUCAUGGCCCUGCUUCGACGGCUGCUCCCGCGCGUGCACAAGCACCUGCAGCAGGUGGGCGUCGGGCCUCUGCUCUACCUGCCGGAGUGGUUCCUGUGCCUCUUUGCCCGAUCCCUGCCCUUCCCCACCGUGCUGCGUGUCUGGGACGCCUUCCUCAGUGAGGGUGUGAAGGUGCUGUUCCGCGUGGGGCUGACGCUGGUGCGCCUGGCGCUAGGCACCACAGAGCAGCGCCUGGCCUGCCCCGGGCUCCUGGAGACCCUCGGUGCCCUACGGGCCAUCCCCCCCACCCAGCUGCAGGAGGAGGUCUUCAUGUCCCAGGUGCACAGCGUGGCGCUGUCUGAGCAGGACCUGCAGCGGGAGAUCAGGGUUCAGCUGGCCCGGCUGCCUGAGUCAACGUCCGGGCCACCCCCCAGGCCUCAGGCCCGCCUGCCUGGGGCCCAAGCCAUCUUUGAGGCCCAGCAGCUGGCAGGGGUGCCGGGAGGCACCAAGCCCGAGGUGCCCCGGAUAGUGGUGCAGCCCCCGGAGGAGCCCAGGCCCCCGCGGCGCAAGCCCCAGACCCGAGGCAAGACUUUCCACGGGCUCCUGACUCGGUCCAGGGGCCCCCCUCUCGAGGGCCCCCCCAGGUCUCAUCGAGGCUCCGCCUCCUUCCUGGAUACCCGGUUCUGA